AUGUGCGAGGAGAUGAAGGCUGUUGUGCAGAAACACAUGCAGAGCCGGAGGCACAGCAAGGAGGCCCUGAACAGGCUUAACCAGGCCAUCCAGCAGCUGAAGGUGGAGGUGGGUGGUGCUAAGAGUCAGCCCUGUGAACUAGAGAAAGUCAAAGACCUGGAGGUUCUACAGGAGGACGUGGCCUCAGGUAGUGCCAAGGGCAAGCUGGCUUGGCUGGAGGCUGCCCUGAAGCAGGCCAAGCAGGCCAUGGCACGGCAGCUGUGUGAGUACCAGGAGCUCAUGACUGUCAAGCUGGGUCUGGAUUUGGAGAUCGCCGCCUACCGCAGGCUGUUGGAGGGCGAAGAGCAGAGGCUUGGUCUGGGAUUGGGGGCAGGGAGCAUGGCCCCAGGCAGUGAUGCCUCUGGAGGGCCAGGCCUGGCCUCUGUCUCUGCCUGCCUGCUGGCGCCGCCUGGAGACUGUUCUCGUUGCCUGGACGCGAGCGCCCCCGGCGGCAGGUGCGCGCUCUGCGGCUCCGCGGACUGUGUCGGGGACUUCAGUGAAUGUUGA